AUGGUAGGAGAGUGCUCUGCUGGUCUCCGCUUUCACAAUCCGCACACUAUCAGUUCCUUACCGCCAUUCCAAGGGCGAUUGUCGAAGCUUUUCCGACUGAAGAACCGACCAAGCAAGCUCUUACCCAAGAUGUCUUCCAGACUAGCUCUUGUGACGAAUGAUGACGAUGCGCCAGUCAACUCCUUUGCCGAUACGAGUCGAUCCGGGAACGUUCAUGUAAUUGCUCGAAUUCGUCCUUUCCAUCAAAUCGAAAUUGACAACGGAUGUCAGACGAGCGUCUUCGCGGUAGGGAAGCCUACAGAAUUAAACGCCAAAGCAGAGAGGGCCGCUCGCUUGGGGAUUACUGAGAAAGAUGCCAACGCGCCGCUUUCUCUUGGUGGUGCGUCCUCCAUCGAUAGUGACGAUUUGCUUCUGGACGAGCUUCUCGAUGAAAAUUGUACUUACACCGAAAAUUCCGCACACACGUCAUCAAUGGAAGAAAGCAUCACAAACGAACCAAUUGACACCGAUGUUAAACAGCCAGCUGAAGUUGCUUCUAAGUUCCUCAUUGUUCGACAGUCAAAAAACAGAAAACUUACUGAAACUUUGUUCGAGUUCGAUGCCGUGCUUGCGCCUGACGCGACUCAAGUUGAUGUCUACAAUUCCGUUAAAGGUCCGGUUCAGAACAUUUUGCGUGGAUGCAAAACGACUGUUGUUGCAUGUGGUCAAGCUGCAACUGGAAAAUCGUACACAGUGAUUGGACCAGCAGGUAGCAAGAGCCAAGAAGACUCAGCCAAGCUUACGGAACACGACGGUUUAAUUCUGAGAACCGUGCACGAUUUGUACGAUGCUAAGCAAACUUUCGCGAAGAAUGGGAAAGAUUUAGCCAUCGAGCUUACAUAUAUUGAGAUUCACAAUGACAAAAUCCGAGAUUUACUGGCUGAUAACAAUCAUGCUAUGCGCCUUAUGGAUCAGGGAUCUGAUUCUGGCGUGCAUGUAAAAGGCAUUGAGGUUGCUACCGUGGAAUCAAUUCCCCAAAUUCAUGCGCUACUCUACGAUGCGGCGCUGCGACGCAAAACAGCUCCAUUAAAACAAAAUCGACACUCAAGUCGGUCACAUGCUAUAUGCACGGUGACGACGAUGGUCAAGCCAUUGGAUAAUUCAUCACAAGCGUGUGUUGGAAAGUUGACAUUAGUUGAUUUACCAAGCUCUGAGAGAAUCAAGGAAACUGGUGUAAAGGGAGAAAGGCGCCAGGAAGCCAUCCAAAACAAUAAAGACCUGUUUACGUUGGGAAAGGUAGUGCUGUCUCUAUCGGAAAAGAGUAAACACAGAUUCCAUUGGACCCAAAAGCAUGUUCCGUUUCGAGACUCCAAGCUUACUAGACUAUUACGAGAUUCGUUGGGAGGUAACUGUUGCACACUGUUGCUGGCAUGCGUCUCCCCGGCUGACAUUCACGCGGCCGAUUCGCUGAAGACAUUGCAAUAUGCGGAACGCGUCACAGCCAUUCGUUCUGCUUCAGAGCUCAAUGACAAGCAGCCAGAGUCGGAAGAUAAUACGAGUUCUUCUUUUGAUGUUCAAUCCGUUACACCACUUUCUGUGGGAUCCUUCGUGGAUUCACAGGUUCCUGAUGACGUCCAGAUGCUGAGCGCUAAACUUGACAUGUGCAAUGACAUGUUAGAGAAGCUGGAGGCCAAAAGUUUUGAUCGAGAGUCUCGACUCCGUGCUUCCAAUGAGAAUGUCUGCAGAAUCGAUCAACUAUAUGGUGAACUAGAUGGGCUUUUCGCAAAAGUCGAUGCUUGCAACGAGAAGCUUUGGAAGCUGGAGACCCAUACAUUCGAAGAAGAGACUAGCAUAGGAAUAGACUCAGCGGGAUCAUUCGAAGAUAUAAGACCAGCAAACAUGCUUCUUCUCAGUCACGAAGUUGAUGACCUUUUGUUAAGGCUGAACUCAUGUAGCGAGCAGCUUCGUCAUUUGGAUUUAUGCUCGUGCAGCAUCACAGUGAUGGAUAAAGUCGUUGAUAUCGGGCAAGCUACUUCCGCCAAUACAUCUUGCAAAAUCAUUGCUGAGUUGGAUGGGUCGGACCACACCCUUACGGACUUGGCGACAUUUGAAGUUUUUGAUGCGCUUGAGUCAAAUUUUAUAACCGAAGAGCGCAAUGAUGAUCAUGAAUUUGUGUCAUCCAACGUUGCUCCUGAAAAAGAUAGCUUAAUGACGGGGAUACCUGGUCUCGAAAAGGAACACACAACUUUCUCCGAUACCGAAGAUGAAGUGCAAGUGAACGACACUAACCAAAAAUUUGAGCAAACGGUACGAGUCGUCCUUUCAGAAAAAAAAGACGGGGUCUCACCAGAAUUGCAUCAUAUUCAACAGGCCCAAAAAGCUAGCGAGUGUCACUGCGAAUUCUCUGUCUUUGCAACGAAUCCCGAACACGCCGAAUUUUAUCUUCCGAAGUUGGCAAUCUCUUGCGAAUGUGGCAAGGAGCAAUCAGUAUCACUUGUUACUGGCACGGAACCGAGCGCUCUCGAGAACAUCCUACGUAGUUGGCAGGUUAUGUUCCUUCACUCUUUGUCUAUUUCUGAUGCCGUGUCUUUUGUUUAUUCAUAUAAGCACCAAGCUGCAGAGAUGGCGAAAGAACUUUUCCAUUGGCGAACAACAAGAAAUAUGACAUCCUUUCGGCCAAGUCUCUGCGCAGUUGCUUUGCAUGUCUGGAACCGAACCUGUCAAACCGUCAUCAAAUCGAUUUUCGAACAACAGGCCACUGGGAUCAAGAAGCUCGAUCGACCGGACUUGUUGCAGGUAAGGCUGGCAACGGCAACCCGUAAAGUCCUAAUGGAGCAGCGCUACCAGAAGAUUGAAUGCAUUGAAAUUAGUGGUCUGUCUUGA